CCAAAAAAAAUCAGCACAUAGAAGUCAUUUGGAGAACCCAGUUGGGAAAUGUCUCAAGAUCACACGAAGUCAGCAUAAAUUCCGGGGAACUGAAAUCUAGAAUUAACUGUCAGUCACGAACAUCUACGAUUUCACCUGGUCAGCGUUAUAAAAUCGGGUGUGCAUCGCAUUUGGCCAUACAGUUUAACUUGGAGCACCCACAAUGAUGAAGGGAAAGAUACGGAAGACCAGCCUAUGCGGCUAUAUAGUGAUACUUUUACUGGCAGUUAUUCAGAUUCAAGCGAAUGUUGUACCCUCUACGACAACUAAAUCUCCAUCGACAGUGGCCACCACCUUGAAAGCUAGCCGCAGGGUGAAUCCCCUCAUGGAGUCUAAGUACGAGAAGAACUGCAAGGCUCUUUGCGAGCACUGCGGCUGUUUGGGUUUCUACUGCGGGGAGGAGUGCCUUUGCGAGUGUAAUGAUGACAACUCGGAUACAGAGUGUAUCCGCACGAUGCAGAUGAAUGCCAAGACUCUGAACCCGCCCUUCGAGAUAGUUAUCCAAGGACCGAGUAGCAAUAGAUUUGUGCGUAACGCCCAGCAGUUCGAACAAAAGCGGGAGUUGGUGACUAGGAGUGUCGCUUCGGGUCAAACACCACGAAAUCGUCGAUCCAACAUAACAAUCUACAAGCCAUCCACGAAAUCUGCCAAUCCAUCCACAGCCAAUGCUUUGGAUACCGCUUCCAAGGCAUCGGAGCAGGGGAUGAUCCGGCAGAAGAGAUCUGUUGAGCACCUGGAGUGGUUCAAUGACUUCGCCGGGUCCUUGGUGCGUCCCUCGCCUUUAGGCUCCAGAGCCCAAAAACAACAGCAAAAGUCCAAGCCGUCUGCUUUCAAGCGGCAGGCUGCUUUGGAAGAACCAGCUCGCAGAGAGCCGUGGUUUCUAGAGCAGGCUGCUUCUCUUAUUCGACCCGCUCCUCUUAAAAAGGACCAAAUAUCUCGUAAGAACAGGAAGAGUCUCUUAUCUCGUAAGAUAUCUAAAAAUAAAGCACCCGAGGAGCAAUUGCGCAAGGAACCCGAACGAGAGAUUCGUCCACUUCGCGACGCCCUACAGGUCGUUGAGCGAAUUCCAAGGGUACUUCAGGAUACAGUAAGCCACCUGUCUUCCGAUCCCAGAACUGGCGAUGUUUUUAGCCUGAAUAUUAGAAACGAAGUCUUGCCACAGAAGAAGCUACAUGAUCACGAGGUUGAGGAGCGUGUACCCCGAAGGCCAAAAGCCACCUUCCGCGAUGUCCGGCGAAAUGAGAUCGUACCGGAAGCUGUGACCCUUGCUGCUCCAAUGGAUCUUACAGCCAGAGACCCAUUUCCUUUGCAACGAGGGGGUUUAUUCCUGCCCUGGUUACGACAGCGACGACUGAUGCGCUUGCAGCAAGCCAGGGGGAAUCUGUAGAGGAACUCGAAGAACUAAACCGUAAUACAAUUCAAUAUUCCUAACUUUUUCUAUCAUAUUUUGUUGUGUAUUUUUAAGACGUAACACAUUGUGCACAGACGUAACAUUGUGCAUAGUUAUAUAUUAGUAUUAGUAGUUAAUUUUGAGUACGAUAUGAUUUACAUAAUACCGUUAACAAUCUAAA